GUAGUUCGAGAUUUCCCGGAUGUAUUUCCUGAAGACUUACCAGGUCUGCCUCCGGACCGGGAUGUACAAUUCAGUAUAGAAUUGAAACCGGGAACGGCCCCAAUAUCUCGAAGGGCCUACAGAAUGGCACCGAAAGAGCUGGCCGAAUUAAAAACCCAAUUACAAGAAUUGCUGUGCGUCGACUAUCGUCCUCUAAAUGAGGUGACGAUUAAGAACAAGUACCCAUUGCCCCGCAUUGACUUAUUGUUUGACCAACUAGCUGGGGCCAAGGUGUUCUCAAAGAUUGAUUUGAGAUCAGGGUACCAUCAAAUUAAAAUUAGGCCGGAAGAUGUGCCCAAGACUGCUUUCACAACCCGUUACGGGCUGUACGAAUACUUGGUGAUGUCUUUUGGGUUGACUAACGCACCGGCCCAUUUUAUGUACCUGAUGAACUCUGUCUUCAUGCCAGAACUAGACAAAUUUGUGGUCGUCUUCAUCGAUGACAUCUUGAUUUACUCCAAAACUAAGAAGGAACAUGCUGAACACUUGAGAAUCGUGCUGACUCGUCUCAGGGAGCAUCAGCUAUAUGCCAAGUUCAGCAAAUGUGAGUUCUGGCUGGACAAAGUUCAUUUCCUGGGUCAUGUGUUAUCAGCGGAAGGAGUCGCUGUAGACCCAGGCAAGGUAGAAGAUGUGUUGAAUUGGAAACCCCCGACUACGGUACAUGAGGUCCGUAGUUUUCUGGGCAUGGCGGGAUAUUACCGUCGUUUUAUCCCGGACUUUUCCAGAGUCGCCAAACCAAUCACGACCUUGCUCAAAAAUCAAACAAAAUUUGUUUGGUCACCCCAAUGUGAGCAAGCUUUUCAGACUCUGAAAAGGUUGUUGACAACUGCACCUGUCUUAGCCCAGCCAGAUAUUGAAAAACCCUUUGAUGUAUAUUGUGACGCAUCAGGAAUCGGGCAACUCAAACCUCAUGAAGAGAAUUACCCGACCCAUGAUCUCGAACUAGCCGCCGUGGUACAUGCAUUAAAGAUCUGGCGUCAUUAUUUGUUGGGAAACACAUGUCAUCUAUAUACUAAUCACAAAAGCUUGAAAUAUAUCUUUACUCAAGCUGAGCUUAAUAUGCGCCAGCGAAGGUGGCUAGAACUAAUUAAAGAUUACGACCUUGAGGUGCAUUAUCACCCUGGCAAGGCAAAUGUAGUAGCGGAUGCCCUCAUCUGGUUCAAGAACCGGUUAGUGGUUCCAAAGGUACCUGAGCUACGUCAUCAAAUCCUGGAUGAAGCUCAUACCACGAGGUAUUCCAUUCAUCCGGGAAGCAAUAAGAUGUAUCAGGACCUGAAGCAAAGGUUUUGGUGGACAAAAAUGAAGAUAGAAAUAGCUCGCUAUGUGGCCCAGUGCGACACCUGUCGAAAGGUCAAAGCCAUUCAUCUCAAAUCCACUGGGGAGUUGCAACCUUUGCCUAUCCCCGCAUGGAAAUGGGAUGACAUAAGUAUGGAUUUCAUAGUAGGAUUGCCCAAAACGGCCAAGGGCUUUGAUUCCAUUUGGGUCAUAGUAGAUCGUCUCACCAAGACAGCACAUUUUCUGCCGGUAAAGCUGUUAUAUCCUGCCUCCACCUAUGCUAAGAUUUAUUUUGACCGUAUUCUAAGUCUGCAUGGAGUGCCAAAGACAAUAGUGUCAGAUAGAGGCACACAAUUUGUCUCCCAAUUCUGGAAAUGUUUACAUGAGUCCUUGGGCACUAAGCUUUUAUACAGCACAGCCUACCACCCUCAAACCGGUGGGCAAACUGAAAGGGUGAAUCAAACCCUAGAAGAUCUAUUGAGAUCUUGUGCCCUGAAUUUUCCAGAUAAAUGGGAUGACUGCUUGCCUCUAGCAGAAUUUUCCUACAAUAAUAGCUAUCAGGAGAGUAUCAAAAUGGCUCCCUUUGAGGCACUGUAUGGUCGCCGAUGUCGAACUCCGUUACACUGGUCAGAACCUGGAGAAAGAUGGUUCUUCGGAGUUGACUUAGUGAAAGAGACUGAGAACAAAGUGAAACAAAUCCAAAAUAAUUUGAAAGUAGCUCAGUCCCGACAGAAAAGUUACGCUGAUAAAAGACGUCGACCAUUAAGGUUCACCAAAGGUGAUCAUGUGUAUUUGAAAGUAUCCCCAAUGAAAGGAGUAAAUCGUUUUGGUGUUAAAGGCAAGUUAGCACCUCGUUACAUUGGUCCAUUUCCAAUUAUUGACCGAUGUGGGCAAGUCGCUUACCGCCUUAAACUGCCCGAACGAUUAUCCGGGUUUUUGAGUUAUGUUUGA